AUGCAGUUAGUACCAAUAGUGUGGAAUUCUCAAAAUAUUAGUGAGAUAGCUGGUUCUAUUUCUAUUGCAUGCUGGGUGAUUGUUUUUGUCCCACAAAUUUAUGAGAAUUUUUAUAGAAAAUCUGCUGAAGGUCUUUCUCUACUUUUUGUCAUCUUGUGGUUGGCUGGUGAUGUAUUCAAUCUUUUAGGUGCUAUGCUUCAAAAACUUUUGCCAACUAUGAUAAUCUUAGCUGCUUACUAUACAGUUGCUGAUAUUGUACUGCUAGCUCAGUGUCUAUGGUACGGUACAGAAGAAAAACUAGAUCCAAUCCAUUUAUCUCCUGCGAACCCUAUGAAUGAGAGUGUCUUGCAAGAUGUAUUCCAUGAACACCAACCGUUGUUGGUUAGUGAUGGAAGGAGAAGAAGUUCACAUGGUGCUAUUGACCAAAGAGAUGAUGCGAUGGCAAUCUUGUUAGAGGUUGAGCAACAGGAUAAUAAAAUUGUUAAAAAGAAGAAUAUGUUUAGCGAUACAUUAAUUGUAUCGUUUGUUAUUCUUGCUGGUUUCAUAUCCUGGUAUAUCUCAUAUUGCAAAAAUCCAAAUCGUAACCACCCUAUUGGGGAUGAACCAUCGUUAGAAAUAAAUUUAUUAGCUCAAAUUUUUGGUUACUUAAGUGCUUUGUUAUAUUUGGGUUCUCGUAUUCCACAGAUAUUACUGAAUUUCCAAAGAAAAUCAUGUGAAGGUAUCUCAUUCCUGUUCUUCCUAUUUGCUUGUCUUGGUAACCUGACAUUUAUUGCUUCGGUUUUAGCUAUCUCGACAGAUUAUAAAUAUUUGUUUUUAAAUGCUUCUUGGUUAGCAGGUAGUUCAGGUACAUUGAUUAUGGAUUUUGUAAUUUUUAUCCAAUUCUUCGUUUAUGGUAAAGAUGGAGAGAAAUUAGAUGAUAACCUUGCAUAA